AUGGGAAUUGGGAAAUACCUAAAGCACAUCCCUGCUGUUGGUGAAGAUCUAUGCAUGGCGAGUGUGGGACCUACCCCGACUAAAACCCGUCUCCUAAUUCCUCUGUGCCAUUCACAGUUACACAAAGCAGGCAUCACCAAGAGUAUUCCUUUACCGAAUACGCUGUUUAAACCGCCAGGUCAUACGCCUAUUUAUGGAAAUUUGCAGUAUGUUCUUUCAGGUCCCUAUCCGAGCAGUCCAACGAUGUCCGGUUUCAGUACGAUCAAUUCGAGACGUUCAAGAAACAGAAACGUGUACAAUCGAAAAAGUUGCAUACCCAAGGCGUUUGAGUAUGAGUCUGGUGUGGCCGUUACGAAUUUCAGCGGAUGGUCAAGUAAUAUGGGCGUUUGUCACGUGGAGAAUUUGUACGUUACGUUAAUAGCGGAUAGAGGAAAGGGAUAUGGAUUAACGUUGGCAAUUGGUGAACAUUCCGAUAAUAGGCCGGCCGAUAUUUUAAUAUCACGCAUAUCACAGGACUCGCCGGCGUACAGAUGCGGAUGUAUGCAAACGGGCGAUCGAAUUUUAUCGGUCAACCAUCAACCAAAUUUGACGCUACAAGAAAUUACGUCUCUACUAGAAAUAGCGUCGACGUCAAAUUCGAGUUCUCGAAUUGUAUUACAACUCGAAUUUGACGUCGCCGACACAAUAGUCCCUUCUAGUGGUAUAUUCACUGUGAAGCUCGCGAAAAGGGGUCCAGGAUUGGGAAUAACGAUCACCGCAACAAAAAAUCAUCCGGAAGAGCCAUUUAUAAUUUCCGAAAUUCGAAGGGGGUCAAUUGCGCACAGGACUGGUACUUUGCACGCCGGCGAUCGUUUGUUAGAAAUAGACAAUCGACCGUUAGACCAUUUGAGCUUCGAGUCCGCGUUUGAUAUAUUCCAGAGCUCGACGAACGAAAUAGUAACGCUCAAAAUAGAAAAGACCGAAACCGAUAACGCCAACUUAUUUCUCGACUGCGUCGUUUAUACGGUAGAACUGAUUAAAUACGGGGGACCUUUAGGUAUAACAAUUUCGGGGAGCGAAGACUGCAUGGAGCCGAUCGUUCUUUCAAGGCUUACGGAAGGUGGAUUGGCCGAAAAGACGGGCGCUCUACAUGUUGGCGAUCGGAUUUUGGCGAUAAAUGGAGAAAAUUUGGAAAACCGUCCUCUUUCUGACGCGAUCCGGCUUUUGCAAACUUCAGGUGAUCGUGUGCAGUUGAAAAUUGCUCGGAAUCUCAACUCUAAACAAGAUGCAACCAGGUGCAGUUAUUCCAGUCCAGGUUUGGUUAGUGUUGAUAGUGCAGUUGCGUCCUGGGAUAGCAAUUUAGGAGAAAAUAAUAACGACAUUCUUAACGAAUCUACAGAGCCGAAAGACACAGAGAGCAUCCUAAGCGAUCCCCUAUCCUUCCAAGACCACGACAGUAAAGAAAUCUACACGAUCCGUCAGAAGCACGAUUCGCAAAUACAAUUUUACUCCGACGCCGAAGACACAUUCUGUCCGAGUCCGCUGCCGUUACCCAACUACGGAUUCAUGAAUUGCUCGAAGUACGACUCGAACGUGUACGCUCAAUCGAAGAGCACCUUCAUGGACCGACUUCCCGGAACAUUCAGCAACGAGAGCAUACUAGGCCACGAAAUUCACCACGUAACGUUGUUUAAAGACUCAAUUUACGACGACUACGGCUUCAGUCUGAGCGAUGGCUUAUAUGAGAAGGGUGUUUAUAUAAAUAGGAUACGUAAGGGUGGUCCGGCUGACAUUGUCGGUUUACUGAGACCAUAUGACAGAAUCUUGCAAGUAAAUGACACGAAAACUCAAGAUUUCGAUUGCUGUUUGACGGUGCCUUUGAUUGCUUCUGCUGGGGAUAGGAUCGAAUUGGUUGUAUCGCGUAAUCCGUUCUUAAACGGUUCAUCCGAAAAGGGCAGUCAAGCGUUAUCAUGGGCAGCCAGUGACCAAGAUUCACCAAAUAAAGCGUUUAAUUCUAGUCUGAACACAAUUACCAAAACUCUAUAAAUCAUUCUACACAAACUACAGGAUUUAAGAAAAUUCCAUAUUAUUAUCGUAAAUAUAUUUAUUUUAUUAUUAAGAUUCACAUGAAUAUUGACUGUUCCAUAGUAAUUCUAUUAUCAAUUUAUAGUUAUGACUUUUUACAAUAAAAUACUAGACAAUUACUUUUUUACC